AUGCUGCACCCUGGGACAGACACCCCCUCAGACCUUCCCCUGCCCCAAGCUGGGCUCUCCGAGGUGGACCCCUGGCUGCCUGCUCAUCCCCACCUCACCCUCUGCUCUCCCACAGCUCUCUCGGCCGAUCUCUGCAUCCUCUGCUCACACGGAGCCCCAGUGUCCCCCAUGGGUGCUCACCUGAUGCUGUGCCAGCCACACAUGACCUGUGGGGACAAGUUCUACCACCCCCUGCAGCACUGUUGCUAUGACGACGCUGUGGUGCCCUUGGGCAGGACCCGGAAGUGUGGCAACUGCACCUUCAGGGUCUGCUUUGAGCGGUGCUGCCCCCGGUCACUCAGACCCCAGGAUUCCUUCGUGGUGAAGCUGAAAGGCCGAGUUGUUCCUUGA